AUGUCAAUACAAGAAGGGGCCGAUGUUGGAGUGAGGGAUCACCGUGGUCGAAGACCAUUAUGCUGGGCCGCGGGAAAUGGCCACAAGGCUGUGGUGCAGUUAUUACUUGGGACUGGACGGGUGGACGUGAGCUCAACGGACUCCUGGGGUCGAACACCACUAUGCCUGGCCGCGACAAGUGGUUCUGAGGCUGUGGUGCAGUUAUUACUUGGGACUGGACAGGUGGACGCGAGCUCAAAGGACUCCUGGGGUCGAACACCAGUAUGCUGGGCCGCAAUAAAUGGCCAUAAGGGGGUGGUGCAGCUAUUAUUUGAGACUGGGAAGGCUGAUGUGGACUUAAAGGACUCUGAGGGCCGGACACCGCUAUCCUGGGCCGCGGCAUAUGGUCAUAAGCCAGUCGUGCAACUAUUACUUGGGACUGGACAGGUGAACGUGGACUCAAUGGACUCCGAGGGCCGAACCCCAUUAUCCUGGACUAUGGAGAGUGGCCAAGACUCGAUGGCGCAGCUAUUACUUAGGACUGGAGAGGUGGAUGUGGACUCAAAGGACUCUGAGGGCCGGACACCGCUAUCCUGGGCCGCGGAAUGUGGUCAAGAUGCGAUGGUGCUGCUAUUACUUGGGACACGGAAAGUUGACGUGGACGCAAAGGACUCCUGGGGCCGAACACCAUUUUCUUAUGCCGCAGGGAGUGGCCAUAAGGCGGUGGUGCAGCUAUUACUUAGGACGGGACAGGUAGAUGUGGAGUCGAAACAUUCUGGAGGUCGAACGCCAUUAUCCUGGGCCGCGGAAUGUUGGUAUAAGCCAGUGGUGCCAGUGAUACAGCUAUUACUUGGGACUGGACAGGUUGACCUGGACUCAAAGGACUCUGAAGGUCGAACACCAUUAUCCUGGGCCGCGGAGAAAGGUAAUGAGGCGGCAGUGAGGCUAUUACUUGAGACUGGGAAGGUGGGCGUGGACUCGAAAGACUCCGAGGGCCGAACACCAUUAUCCUGGGCUGCAGAGAAAGGUGAUGAGGCAGUGAUGCAGCUAUUACUUCGGAGCAAGAUGGACGUUGACUAG